AUGCCUCGCCGCGAUCGACGCUCGAGCGUCACGAGAUGGACGAUCGUCUGUUUACUCGUCUGUUCGCUCGCGUCCGUCCGCGUGCGCGCGCGAACGGCGCCGCUGGAGCGUAAUCGCCUGAGACUCGGUCGACCACGCGACGAGGCGACCGUUCGGGGUUCGAAGACGGACGGACGCGCGUCUGCGGCGUCGACGGCAGACCACGAGGGGCGGUUCGUCUCGGUGACGGAGCGCGCGCGCGUGGUGCGCGACGCACAUGCGAGCUCGAACGCAAACGCGCUCGCGAGGCACUUCGAGCGGUGGUGCUCCGAGCACGGUUUGGAGCGGUACCUGAGAGACACGGAAGAGUACGCGAAGAGAUUGGCGACGUUCGCGGAGAACGCGGCGUACGUCGUGGAGCACAACGCUCUCUACGCGAUCGGUGAGGUCUCGCACUGGGUCGGGCUGAACUCGCUCGCGGCAACGACGAGAGAGGAGUACAGAGCGCUGCUCGGAUACAAACCCGAGUUACGCUCGAGCGGAGACGCCGAGAUGCUCGAGGCGACUUCGACCGACAAAGUGGAGCAAUACAAGGCUUCUUGGGAAUAUGCAAGCGUUGAUCCCCCGGAAGCGAUCGAUUGGGUCGAACUCGGCGCGGUGACGCCGCCGAAGAAUCAAGGUCAGUGCGGCUCGUGCUGGGCCUUCUCAACCACAGGCGCCGUUGAGGGCAUCACGAAGAUUCGCACCGGAAGGCUCGUGUCGCUCUCCGAGCAAGAGAUGGUAUCGUGUUCGAAGCAAAACAUGGGAUGCAACGGCGGUUUGAUGGACUACGCGUUCAGGUGGAUCGUGAAGAACGGCGGCAUCGAUUCCGAGUUUCAGUACCCGUACUCCGCCGAGGCGCUCGCGUGCAACAGAUGGAAGCUCCAGCUUCACGUCGCCACCAUCGAUGGUUUCAAGGACGUCCCUCCAGGCGAUGAGAAAGAACUAGAAAAGGCGGUCUCGCAACAACCCGUAUCCAUCGCCAUCGAGGCGGACACAAAAUCGUUCCAGCUGUACGACGGCGGCGUGUACGAUUCAAAGGAGUGCGGCUCUCAAGUCGACCACGGCGUGCUCGUCGUCGGUUACGGUUUCGACGAUACGCACCAUAACGCCACCAAACACCACAAACGACACAGGCAUUUCUGGAAAGUCAAGAACUCCUGGGGCGGCACGUGGGGCGAGGGCGGAUUCAUCCGCAUGGCGCGACGAAUCAGCGAUGAAACUGGACAGUGCGGCAUCACUACGGCGCCGAGCUACCCAACGAAAAGCGCGUGA